AUGCGCUCGUGUCGCGGUAGCCUCGGGGCUAUUCUGGCAAUUAGCCUCGUCGCAACGCGUUGCGAUGCGGCCGGCUCCGGAAUUCCUUCGAGAUGGGGCUUGGGCAACGACUUCACGCUCUCUUGGUCUGGAGGCAGCUCGCAAGAGAUUGUCAUUCGGCGCAACGACACAUCGAUCUGGUCGACCUCGAAAGACCACAGCUUCGUCAGCGCCACCUCAGGCGACGAUAUCUUCGCGGGCGAAAGCGGCAACUUCAAGAUCACGCAGGUUGACAACGACAAGUGCAACGGCCUCGACGUUACGGAGUUGCUGUACGUGCCUUGGAACAACAGCCUCACUUGCCACAGCGUUGCGAUGAGGGGACAGCUGCUCGACUGCGGCUCCGAGGAUGGAUCUGUCGGGGGUAACUUCUCGGCGUACUUUUGGGUUCCGCAAGAUCUGCCCGACCGCGUCGCAUUCCAGGUCGAUGUAGCCUCGACGUCCAAGGCGCCAUUCACGAAGACGCACCUCACGUUCAACUCGCACGCCAACGAAGACUUCUACGGCCUCGGCGCGCAGGCCUCCUUCGCCUCCCUCAAGAACCGCUCCGUGCCCAUCUUCUCGCGCGAGCAGGGCGUCGGGCGCGGCGACGAGCCCACAACGCAGAUCCAAAACAUUGUCGGCUUCUUCGCCGGCGGGGACCGCUUCACGACGUACACGGCCAUCCCGCAGUACGUGAGCACCGACGGCAAGGCCUUCUACCUGGAGGACAGCCGGACCGCGUACGCCAACUUUGACUUUACGCGCGCGGAUUCCGUGACGGUGCGGUAUAACGGGCUGAGCGUCUCGGGCCAGUUCUUGUUGGCGGACGGGAUGUUCGAUGCGGUGGGCAAGACGACAGACUAUGUGGGCAAGAUGCGGAGCCUGCCGCGCUGGGUCGACGACGGUGCCAUCAUGGGCAUUCAGGGGGGACAGGGCAAGGUUGAGAGGAUCAUCAAGGAGGCGAGAGAUGCCGACUGCCCAGUCGUCGGUGUUUGGCUACAAGACUGGACCGGAACCCGCCUGCAGGCGACGCCGACCGGCAUCAACAUCUCGCGCCUCUGGUGGAACUGGGAAUCUGACGAGGCCCUGUAUCCGCAGUGGCCAACCUUCGUCCAGAACCUCCGUGACCAGUACUCCGUCCGAACGCUCUCGUAUCUCAACCCGUUCCUCGCCAACGUCAGCACCAAGGCAGACGGCUUCCGCCGCAGCCUCUUCGACGAGGGGCGACACGCAUCGUACCUCGUGCGCAACCUCACGACCCGCGACGUCGCCAUCGUCCCCAGCGGACCCGGCAUCGAGGCCGGAAUCCUGGACCUGCGCAACGCGGCCGCCCGGCGGUGGUUCGCGCGCGUCCUCACCGACCAGGUCUGGAACGCCAACAUCUCGGGCUUCAUGUGCGACUUUGGCGAGUACACGCCCGUGACGCGCGACACGGGCUUCGGCGACGACGACGCCGCCGUGUCGCUCGACCCCCUCGUCUACCACAACCGCUAUCCGCGCGACUGGGCGUCCUUCCAGCAGGACGUGCUCAAGUCCCUCCCGCGGUCGGCGGAGCGCGCGGCCGACGCCCUCAUCUUCCACCGCUCCGCGUCGCUCGGCGCGGGCCGGUCCAUGAACCUCUUCUGGGCAGGCGACCAGAGCAUCGCGUGGGCGCGCAACGACGGCAUCAAGUCGGUCGUCAGCAUCCUCGGGCACAUGGGCGUGUCUGGGUACGCGCACGCGCACUCGGACGUGGGCGGGUACACGUCGACGUUUGUGCUCCCCAACGCCGAGUAUCCGUACGGCGCCAUCGGGCGCACCGCCGAGCUGCUGGGCCGCUGGGGCGAGCUGGCUGCCGUGUCGAGCGCCGUGUUCCGCUCGCACGAGGGAAACAUCCCGGGCAUCAACGCGCAGGCCUACACCAACGGGUCGACGCUGGCGUGGUAUGCGCACAGCGCGCGCUUGUUCCGCGCUCUGGGGCCGUACCGGAGACACGUUCUGGACGGCGAGUGUGCGACCAAGGGGUGGCCGCUGCUUCGCCUGCCGGUGCUGCACCAUCCCAAUGACAGGCGGGCGCGGAGCAUUGGUUACGAGAGCUUCUUCCUCGGGCCAGAUUUGUAUGUUGCCCCAGUGCUGGAUCCUGGCGUCAAGGCGGUCAAGGUCUACCUCCUGGGGUCGUCCAAGGACUCGUACACGCAUAUCUGGAGCGGCGCAACGUUUUCGGGCGGCGUCGACGUGACUGUCGAUGCACCGUGGGGGAAGCCGGCUGCGUUUGUGGUCAACCAUGCAGCGACCACUGGGCUGUCGGAUCUGAUGGACUUUGUGCGCAAGGAGAACGCCACGGUCAUCAAGAUGUAA